UCUUGCUAUAAAAGAUUGAUUAGCAAACGCGAUCGUCGUACAUUGAGCUGUCGUAACAAAGAAUCGUGACAAAGAAAUCUUGUGACGCCAGUGAUCACGAAAAUCUUUAUUUUCAACGUAUCUUGUUGUGGGUAGUUUCGAGGCGUUAAAGUUUUCAAGUAAAACGUCAAGCACGUUUUAGGACAAGCCAAUAUGCCGAGGAAAGGAAAGAAGAAACAUCGUGUUCAACAAGAAGAAGAUACAUCUACCUCAGCUCCAAGUACAAGUGAACAACAGUCUCCUUCGCAGCAACAACAAAAACAACCGCAACAAAGCUCGCAGCAGCAACAAAAGCAACCGCAACAAAGCUCGCAGCAGCAAUGCUUGCCGCAGCCAGUACAACAGCAAGCAAGUCAACCACAAGCAUGGGGUCCGCGUCCGCAACAGCCUUUUCCGCAACAUCAAGCAUCUCAACCACCAGCAUGGGGGGGGAGUCUUAUGCAUGCGCAACAGCCUUUCCCGCAACAUCAAGCAUCUCAACCACAAGUAUGGGUUCCACGUCCACAGCCAUUCCCAAGGUCUUCAUCACCACAAGUACCUCAACAACAAUGGGCUCAACAACCACAACAACUUGUACAACAAGUGCAACGGCAACCUGUACAACAAGUACCACAGCAACCUGUACAACAAGUACCACAGACACCGCAACAAGGAGCAUGGCGCUCACAACAACCUGUACAACAAGUACCACAGACACCGCAACAAGGAGCAUGGCGCUCACAGCAACCUGUACAACAAGUACCACAGACAUCGCAACAAGGAGCAUGGCACCCACAACAACUUGUACAACAGAUACCGCAGCAACCUGUACCACAGACACCGCAACAAGGAGCAUGGCGCUCACAACAACUUGUACAACAGGUACCGCAGCAAUAUGUACCACAGGCACCGCAACAACCUGUACAACAGGUACCGCAGCAACAUAUACUACAGGCACCACAACAAGUAGCAAGACGCCAAGAACAACCUGUACAACAGGUACCGCAGCAAGCGCCGACUUCACGUCCGUCAACGUCGAGCCAACAGGUUUCAGGUGCUCAGCAACAAUUUGAGAGAGGCGAUGCAUCGGUAACACGUAAAGCUACAUCGCCUUCCUCUACAUCAUCUGGACAAUUGUCAAAAGUUUCUGUGCCAAAGUAUAAAUUUAAGAGUGAAAAGGAUCUCAAUAUACCGAGGAGAAAAGACCCUAAGAAAGCUGGAACUGUAGGGCAACGAAUUCGUGUUUGGACAAAUAUGUUUGAAAUCGUAUUUCACAAAAAUUUUGUUGACGAAGCGGUGCAUUAUGACGUCAAAGUUGUUGCCAUUGAUAAACUCCCUCGAGGGAAGGAGGGAAGUGAACCUAAGAAACGUGACAUCAAAAAUAAAACUUUACUUCGAGAGAUUUUUGAACGCUGUAGAAGCCUUCACUUUCCUGAAAGAUAUCCAGCAUAUGAUGGAAUGGCAAAUGCCUUUGCUGCAAGAGAUUUACCUUUCGGAGAUUCAUUCUUUAGUGAAGUUGAAAUUUUUGACAAAGACCGAGACGAAAAUAGGUCAUAUGAAGUCGCCAUAAACAAAGCAGGUAAAAUCGAUCUUUCCUGGCUAAAAUAUAUAAAGCCUGGCCUUGAUGAAGCGAUCAUAAAUCAAACUUCUAUACAAGUUUUGGAUGUUAUCUUGCGCCAUGCACCAGCGUCAAGACUCAUAAGCGUUGGGAAAUCACUUUUCCCACCAGUAGAAAACAAACGACUGGAAGCAUUAGGAAAAGGAUUAGAUCUCCAUGUUGGCGGAUUUACAUCCGCCAUAAUUGGCUGGAAACCUUAUUUAAAUGUGGACGUCAUUCAUAAAGCUUUUGCGACGAAUCAGACCAUUCUUAAGCUACUUUGCCAAUUGUGUGGACUGAGAGAAGAAUCGGAGCUAGACGAAAAAACGGUGAUGUACUAUGAACGCGAUAUUUGCAAAUUUUUGAACGGUUUAAAAGUGAAUUACGCAUUACCCGGUCAACCGAGCACCAAACGAACGUUUCGCGUGAAUGGAUUAGGUCCAAACUCUAUUAAUCAUAAGUUUGACGUGAAGGGGAAGAUGUGUUCGACACAGGAAUAUUUCGCUAGUUUGAAAAAUUACAGGAUUAACUGGCCAACAUUGCCCUGCCUUUGGGUAGGCAAGAGAGAUGGAAAGACUUAUUUGCCUUUAGAAUUAUGUCAGGUUGUACCAGGUCAGCCGAUCAACAGGAAGCUGGAGGAGGAGCAAUGUACUAAAAUGAUUAGAUUCGCAGCUACUGGUACUGAAAUACGUAAAGAAAAAAUUAUGACAGCGUUCAAUGGGAUUAAUGUGAAUCGUAGCCCUGUUACACAAUGUGAGUUCCCUGUACGUGUUAACCCCACAAUGAAAGAGGUCGAAGCUAGAAUCUUACCUCCUCCGACACUUCAGUACGACAGUCGAAUGCAGCCGAUGAAACCAAUUCGAGGAACUUGGCGUGCUACAAAAUUUAGUACACCUGCGAGAUUGGAUGACGCUACAUGGACUAUUGUCAAUAUCUGUCCGCAACCUGUGGAUAAUAAAUUACCCGACUUUGUGAAGGAGUUAACAGAUCAAGCGUCUAAGUUUGGUAUGGUAAUUGGAAAACCGAAACUUCCAUAUCUGAAAAUAAGAGGACAACCACGUGAAAUUGAACAACUUUUUACGCGGGAGAAAGACAUGAAAUUAAUAAUUGUUAUCUUACCAAAUCAUACGGAUUCAGUGUAUGGCAAAGUGAAACAGAUCAGCGAAUUGAGAGUAGGUGUACUGACUCAAUGUAUAAAAGUGAAGAAUAUAAUACGACCCAAUUUGUCGACAAUACAGAAUAUUCUCUUAAAAAUAAACUCAAAAUUAAAUGGCAUUAAUCAUACGUUUGCUCCAAUGGGAAUGCCAGAGUGUCUGCGCAAUACACAUUAUAUGCUCAUCGGUGCUGAUGUUAGCCAUCCAUCUCCCGAUGCGAAAAAUAUACCUUCCGUAGCUGCGGUCGCGGCAAGUCACGAUGAGACUACAUUCAAAUAUAACGUCACGAUUAGACUGCAACAAGCGAAGCAGGAAGAGAUAGCAGAUUUGAAAGAAAUAAUGUUGAAGCAUAUUGUGUUUUACGUUAAAGAAAUGAGAAAAAUACCAAAAAAAAUUAUCUUUUAUCGAGAUGGGGUUAGCGAGGGCCAAAUCGCAAUGGUUUUGGAUAAAGAGAUAAGAUGCAUCAAAGAAGCAUGUAGGGAAUACGCACGCGUGAAACCCGAAUUUAAGCCUGAGCUUACAUUCGUAAUUGUUCAGAAAAGACAUCACAUACGCCUUUUCCCUACGCGCAAAGAAGAUUCAGAUGACAAGAACUACAAUGUGAAGGCCGGCACGAUAGUCGAUACGGAAAUUACCCAUCCAAAUCACAUCGAUUUUUAUCUUGUGUCACAUGCGAGUAUUCAGGGCACAGCAAGGCCUACGAAGUACAGAUGCAUCUGCAACGAAAGUAAUUUUAGUGAAGAUCAACUCGAAGAAUUGACGUAUCAUCUCUGUCAUAUGUAUGCACGUUGCACAAGAUCAGUGAGCUAUCCCGCUCCAACAUAUUAUGCUCAUUUAGCUGCGUAUCGUGGGAGAAUGUGGAUACAAGGAGAUAGUUAUACGGACUCGGACUUCCAGGAUAAAAAUAAGUGCAAGCUGGAACCAAAGCUUAUCUGUCCGAUGUCGUUUAUUUAAAUAUAAUUGCAUUACAUCGCACUAACUUGAAGUUGUCGUAAUAUUAAAAAUACGAAAAAGUUUAGAAAGUAUAUGUUUUUUCAUAGAUUAAAAUAUAUAUGAUUUUCUUUUUUUUUGUAUUACUUUUAAAGUAUAUAGCUUUUCUUUUUUUGGUUAAAAUAUAUGAUUUUCUUUUUUUGUUGUAUUACUUUUAAAAUAUAUAGCGGCCACAUGCAUACAUGUGCUUAUAUUCAAUUCUAUAAUUCCAUGGCAUAUACAAUUUCAUAUAUAUUUACAGCAUAAAGUACAUACAUACAUACAUACAUACAUACAUACAUACAUACAUACAUACAUACAUACAUAUGUGUGUGUGUGCGUGUGUAUUAGAAUUAUUAAGACGGUGAACGGGGCAGUGACUUUGAGCAUUUACAAGUCCUAAGUAUAACUUGCUCGUUAUAAGAUACUUUAUGAAGGUAUAAAUAAUAAUCCUAAUAAACAGGUAUAUUUUACAUAGAGCUGAUAAUUUUUAUUUCUCAUGAUAAUUUUAUAUAUUUAAAGCUCACAUUGUAUGUACUUUGUAUCUCCGAAGAUUAUUAUGAGUAAAAAUUAAUAUGAGUUUUCAUUUUUGGGUUUUCAUUAUAUUAUUAUGUAACUUCGAUAUUUGGGCGACAAUUGCUGUGCAUAUUUCAUAAGUAAUAUUAACGUUUGAAUCGUCCCUCAUUGUUAUAUCAGGAACUAGUGUUUCCUUUCGGAUGCUUUACCAUUCGAAUUUCGAAGCUUCGGUGUGUUCCUUAUUUGAAUUUUGAAAAUUUCGAAGUCACAGUCGGAGUUAUAUAAGAUUUCAAACUAUGUCUGGUAUAUACAUUUAUUUACUAAAGUUCAUUUGCAUUAUUUCUCAAUAUUCCCUGAGUAAAAUAUAUACGGGCGUUAGUCCACAGCAUUCCCGGGAUUAUACUCUUCGAAGCUUCGAAACCUUGAAGAUCAUGGACUUCGAAAACGAACGUUCGAAGCUUCGCCUUACCAAAAUUCGAAAAUUCGAAUUUCUUUCCAAACUUCGAAGCUUCAAGGUUAAACAAAGAUUAAUAGCCUUACUUCGUACUAUUGACAGACCAAUGUUUAUCUUGUAUGUCAUUGCUUGGAAUUAUACUUUCGACAUGA